AUGAUGCCCAGCUUGGCGUCUCACGUGCGAAUGAGCUGCCCUGAGAUCUCCCAGCACAUGAGAACCGAACUCUGGGAGGUUUUUCAGGCUUCGCAGUCCCAGCUUGCGAACCAGCAAGGGCAGCUCUACCGGUCAGAUGCUGAGCACGAGCACCAUUGUGCCACGCGUUCCUCCUGCUUUUCUUUCUGCGUGAGCUUGGGCAGGACCCGGUUCUUGCCGCCUGGCCACGUUGUCGCAGCUGUCGCAGGCACCGGGAGCUUGGGGGCUCAGUUGUUCAUCCCCAGACGACGGAUUUCUUUUUAG